GAGAAAAGAUACCCUUUGCAGUUAAAAGAGAGAGAGAGAGAGAGAGAGAGAGAGAGAGAGAGAGAGAAAAGAUUGCGUCUCCGCCCUUUGCAGACCGCUUUGGAUUCAUUCCUUAGACUGGAACAGAAGAAGCUAGAGCCACUACCAACAAACAAGUAAAAGAAAGGAGUUGAACAGUUGGCAUUCAAAGUGAUUUGAGGCUGUACCAUGGUCUGUUUUGGAUUCAUUCCUUAGACUGGAACAGAAGAAGCUAGAGCCACUACCAACAAACAAGUAAAAGAAAGGAGUUGAACAGUUGGCAUUCAAAGUGAUUUGAGGCUGUACCGAGGUCUGUUUUGCAUAAUGGAGGCUGUGGAUUGGGAAAAUUCUUCGGGAGGGUCAAGUGAUACUGAGGCCUAUUUGCAAGAUAAAAAAUAUGAGGAUGAUGAGGAACUCCAUUUUACAUCUGGGUUUAUAUCCAAGUUGCAGUUUAGGAAAGAUAAAUCCAGGGCUCAUUGGAUUAACGAAAUCGGAAUGGCUGAGGUUGUUGAAAACAAGGGUAAACUGUGGAGGACAAUGGGAGUAGUUCGUAGUGGCAAGAUUUAUUACUCAAUUGAGGAAACUUUGUUUUUGAUGGAAAUAGGCGCAUUGCUUCUCUUGGAUGACAAUGGUACAAGUCUUUCAUUAAAUGAUGUUUAUGCAAAGGUUUGUGGAGGCUCUUGGGAGCUAUUUGAGGUUUAUAGGCACUUGAAAUCUCUUGGUUACAUCGUUGGGCAGCAUGGCAUUGCUUGGUCUAUUAAGGAUGCUAAGAGUAACCGUCAAUCUGUUUCUCUUCAAUGCUCUCCACAAAGCAGUGAAGUGGUAGACUUAGAAUCAGAAGAUGAGAGUUCCAUUGUUGGACCAUUUAAUUAUAUGCACGUUAAUGAAGCAAGGCCAGUUUUUGAUGUCUAUCUCCCAAAUAGCAAGUUUAGAAAAUCUUCUCCAGGUGAUCCCAGCUUUGUGAUCUGCUUAACUAGGGGUGAUCUACCAUCCAUAGCAGAUAUUGAAGUCCUUGAGAGGCAAUGUGGGGCCAUUCCUUUGCGGUUUUGCCAUGUAGAGUUUGGACGGGUCAGUUUCUUUUCCUUUGAUGAAGUGGAGCUUCCUAUCCUACCCUGACUCUUUGGAGUGGACAAAACCAGGAUAUCAAGGUCUUGUAGCUUUUCUAUCUCUCAGGUUUAGAGGAAAAGUUCAGUUUCAGUGAGUGGUAGCUUUUGAGCUUACAAGGUCGGACGAGACACGCUGCCGUUGUGGUAGAGAAGAAUAAGUUGAAGGAAAUGAGAGGCCGGUAAGAGAGUAAGGGGUAGAGAUUUCUUUUCAAUUUUGUAAUACUUUAAUAAAAAGAAAUGUAAAUAAAUAAAUAACGUCGGCUGCAGGUAACAAAAAAAAAGCUAAUUAUACUUAUUUUUGAAUUAUGAAAACCUCUUUCCACUGAUAUCAUCCGAACUCAAUCAAUUAGAUUAUAGUGUCUUACAUGGCCUCAAUUUUCUAAGCUGUGGCACUACUUUCUAUCA